UUUAAUUAGCUGCUCGUUUCUAUGUGUUACGUGUUUCCAUCAGUUUCCAAACCCAAUAAGAAAAAAGAAAAAGGAAAAGAAGAGGACUAAAACGCCAACUAAUUGUACUCUCCUUGCCAUCUUCCACUCCCAACGCUCCCCCUUAGAGAACUCAAUAUUCCAUUUCCGACCCCAAUUAUCCCAGCAUCUUUUGCAGGCAGACCCUCUCUCUUCUGAGAGGAAAAGGGCUCUGCUUUGCCAGAUCAGAUCCACAUUAUUCUUCUGAGAUCUGUUUUCCAUUGUUAAAGUGAAGUAACAAAGAUGGGUAUUUUGUUUACUAAGAUGUUCUCUUCUCUUUUUGGUAACAAAGAGGCUAGGAUCCUUGUUCUGGGCCUUGAUAAUGCUGGCAAAACUACAAUUCUCUAUCGGCUUCAGAUGGGUGAAGUUGUGUCCACCAUUCCAACAAUUGGAUUUAACGUUGAAACAGUGCAGUAUAAUAAUAUCAAAUUCCAAGUAUGGGAUCUUGGUGGACAGACAAGUAUCAGACCAUAUUGGAGAUGUUAUUUUCCCAACACGCAAGCCAUAAUCUAUGUUGUUGAUUCAAGUGACACUGAUAGACUGGUGAUUGCUAAAGAUGAGUUCCAUUCCAUCCUUGAGGAGGAAGAGUUAAGAGGUGCUGUUGUUCUUAUCUUUGCAAACAAGCAGGAUCUUCCUGGUGCACUUGAUGAUGCUGCAAUUACCGAGGCUCUAGAGUUGCACAAGAUUAAGAAUCGCCAAUGGGCAAUUUUUAAAACUUCUGCAAUCAAAGGAGAAGGUCUUUUUGAAGGUUUGGACUGGUUGAGCAAUACACUCAAGUCUGGAGGUGCCUAACUCUUUUGGAGAAGAAUGGAAAGGUAACUGCUGUGUGCCUGAGCCAGAACUGAGAAGGGUGACAAAUUGGCUUGGGCGGUGAUAGAAAUAUUACUCUUUUACCAUUAUUGAUAUUUGAUCUUCACUGAUUUUUCUCACUAAUAUAUCUGUAAAAUUUUCAUCCAAGACAUGAUGAGUUAGUUUUUUUUGUUUUUUUUUUGUUUUGUAAGGUCUCUUUUCUCUUGUUAUAUCUUAUUAGCUCUUUCAGUCUUGUUUUCUUUUCUCUGCAUACUUAUGUGAAACAGACAGUGGUGGUCUCAUUUUAUUCAUUUCAUUGUUUCAUACUUGCA